AUGCUCAAUUUCCGAAGAAAGAAGUCGGCCGAAUCCGAGGUCGCGGCACAACAAGAGGCCGAGGCCGUCGCUGUCGCCGUCGAUGCGCCCCGCCAGCCGUUCCGGAAGGCGAUCGUGCCCGUCAUUGCUUGCGGCGCCGGGCUGUUCUCUGACGGAUACAUCAACAACGUCAUCGGGUCCGUCACCACCGUCCUUGCCCUGCAGUACGGCGACCUAUACACGGACUCGAAUGCCAAGAAGUAUGUCGGCGACAUCGCCUUUGCCGGCACCGUCGUUGGCCAGCUGGCGUUUGGCUGGCUCGCAGACCACUGGUCGCGAACCAACUCGCUGCUCGUCUCGACAAUCAUCCUGCUGGUAUUUACCGCCCUCGCUGCUGGAUCCUACUACAAAGGCGACGCUGUUGGCAUGUUCAACAUGCUAGCCGCAUGGCGGUUCUUCGUCGGCAUCGGCAUUGGAGGCGAGUACCCCGCAGGUAGCGUCGGCGCAGCCGAGUCCACUGGCGAGAUCAAGUCGGGCUCGCGAAACAUGUGGUUCAUCAUGUUCACCAAUACCAUGAUUGACUGGGGUUUCGUAAUUGGCGCUUUUGUGCCAUACGUAGUCGCCGCCGCUUGCCACAAUGGCCAUUACAGCACCGUCUGGCGAACCAGCUUGGGCAUUGGCGUGGUGUUCCCCAUGUUUCUCUUUGCCCUCCGUCUGUUCGUGAAAGAGCCCGAAGCCUCCACCAAGAACUCGAUGCGUUAUGCCAAAACACCCUACUUGCUGUCACUGAAAAUGUACGGCUGGCGCCUUUUUGUUGUCAGCUUGAUCUGGUUCAUCUAUGAUUUCUCGGCCUACUCCUUUGGAAUAUACUCCACCACCAUCCUGACCACCUUGUACAAGAAUUCGGCCCCACUUACCACCGUCUUUGGCUGGAACACGGUCAUCAACCUGUUCUACAUCCCCGGAACCAUGCUCGGUGCCCCGGCCUCUGACUGGUUGGGCCCGCGGUACGCACUUGCUCUCGGCGUCUUCUUGCAGGCUGUCAUUGGCUUCAUCAUGGCUGGUGACUACUUUAACCUCUCUCAGCCCAACAUGAUCGGCGGCUUCGUUGUUGUCUACGGCGUCUUCCUCGCACUGGGCGAGUUCGGCCCCGGAAACAACAUUGGCCUGCUGGCAGCAAAGACCUGCGCCACCGGCAUACGUGGAAAAUACUACGGUAUCGCCGCGGCUAUUGGUAAAAUCGGUGCAUUUGUUGGCACCUGGGUCUUUCCAUACCUCCAGGCAGCCGGCGGCGACGACGUAGUUGCCUCAGCCCAGUACCCUUUCUGGGUUUCUUCGUCGCUGUGUGUUCUGUCUGCUGCCCUCGCUCUAUUCUGCCUGCCGCACAUCAGCCAGGACACCAUCCAGAUCGAGGAUGCACGCUACCGGGCCUACUUGGAGGCGAACGGCUAUGACACCAGCCAGCUUGGCAUGAAGAAGGGCGAUAUUCUUGAGAGCACUCCUGCCGAUACCUCGGUGGAGGAACCGGCUGAGACUGCGAAGGGCGAGAAGACGGCAGCUUAG